CGCCAGCUGGAGAAGGAGGCGGGGAUCAUGUCCAAGCUGCGCCACACCAACUGCUGCCUGUACAUGGGCGCCUGCCUGGAGCCCCCCUGCCUCCUGAUGGAGUACUGCGCGCGCAGGAGCGUGGACAACCUGCUUGCUCAGGGGCUGAAGGACAAGAAGGCGGCCCGCCAGCUCAGCUGGCCUCGCCUGCUCAGCAUGGCCAGCGACGCGGCCAAGGGCAUGGUGUACCUCCACACACGGCAGCCAGCCGUGUACCACCGAGACCUCAAGUCAGCCAACCUGCUAGUCACCUCGCAGUGGCAGGUCAAGGUCGCCGACUUCAACCUCUCCCGAGCCCUGGAGCCUCACGAUUUUAUGAGCUCGCUGUGCAUUCAGAACCCGCGGUGGCUGGCGCCCGAGGUGCUGGCAGGAGAGGACGGCGGCCUGCCUGCAGACGUGUGGGCGUUUGGCACGGUGCUGUGGGAGCUGAUGACGUGGCGGGCGCCGUUUGAGGGCGCCAACCCGUACCAGAUCAUCAACAUUGUG